UCUGACUACAAUUUUGUACAGGUUACUGUGUCUUCUAUUUCUUUUGUCUAUUGUUUUCAUUUAUGUUUGUGGUAUUCAGUUAAAAAAUAUGGGUACAAUUAAAAAUAGCAGUGUAUUAUUCAAUGUUUUUGUUUAGUUCGUUUGACAGUAAGGGAGUAAUUUUGAACGAUGGAAGGUUCGAAAGCGGAAAAGAGAUUAACACCAGACGAUUCAUAUGAAAAACCAGUUGAACCUAUUUUAGUGAGGGUUAAUAAACGUGGUUGCCAUCUUCAUGACAUUCACAUUGAUAAAAAUGAGUUUAAAAUAGGUCGUGCUACAGAUAAUGAUGAAAUUCUUUUGGACCCAAUGAUAUCUAGAAGGCAUUGUAUGUUAAGAUGGGAAGGACAAGAAGAGUGGACAAUUAAAGACUUAAGUUCUUCUGCUACAUUUGUUAAUGACGUUCCUCUAACUUCUGGUAUGAGUCAGAACCUCCGUGAUGGAGAUGUCAUACAGUUCAGUAUAUUAGAGGAAUUUAAGUAUGUGUUUACCCUUGUUCCUAAAGAUGAGUAUAAAAUUAAAAAGCCUAAGAUAGAAGAACAGGUACUUGACAAUGUUCUUAUAGAACAAAGGACAUUUGCAGAAAAUGAAGAAUGUCAAAAAAGAGUUUUGAAAGAUAAAUUACAAAUAAAACAGAAGGAACAGGACAAUUUGAUACAACAAUUGGAACAGCUUGUAAAGGAAGAAAGUGCUUCAAAAGAAGAUACUGAAAAUCUUAAAAAACAAAUUACAGUAUUAAAGAGUACAAUUGAAGAUGGUUAUGUUCAAGUGCAACAUUUACAAAACAUUUACAGUGAUCCGUUAGAAAAAUUGGAAAAUGAACAUGUUGAAUUUGAGAAAAAGUGGAAUGAUGAGAAACAAAAAUUGCAGGAAGCAUUGAAUGUAACAAAACAGGAGAAAGAAAUGUUGGAAAUAAAAAUGAGAGAGCAAAUGGAAAAAUGGAAAAGUGUUAUGGAGAAUAGAGUUAAAGAGGAGAAAAAUAUACAGGCUCAGCUGUUAAAUGAAAAGACAGUUUUAGAAGAAAAAUUGAAAGAAACAGAAAAGGCUUUAAAAGAACAGGAAGCUAAAGUAGGGACAAUACAUAAUAAUGACAAGUUGUACUUUUUAUGUGCAGGUGCAGAUCCCACAGACAUUCAUAUUAUAGACACAAUAGAUUUAACAGUUGCCACUCAGCUCAGUGCAGAUACUGAAGGAAAAGAAAGUGUACUUAAUAAAGUAAAUGAUAUAAUGGAUGAACAGUUAACUUGUAGUAUAUGCUCAGAAUUAUUUGUGAAAGCUACAACAUUAAAUUGUACGCACACAUUCUGUCAAUAUUGUAUAAAAUCAUGGAGCAAAAAGAGAAAAGAAUGUCCCGUUUGUAGAGCACGAGUAUCAGCAAUGAAUAGGUCAUUAGUUCUUGAUAAUUUUAUUGAAAGUAUGUUAGAAAACUUACCUACUCGAUUUACAGACAGAAGAAAAGAAACUAUAAAAGAAAGACAAGGCAAAAUGUUAAUUAUUGCAUGUGUAUGUAUAUAA